UGCUUUACUCUCUCUCUCUCUCUACCCGUUUCUUGGGUAUGUAAGCCUAAGCCUGCGUGUAACCUUUGUUACCGAUAGUCGACGAUUCGGCGGCCCUGUGACUUCCCUCAAGUCUCAUAAGAAAGGGCUGCAAUCGUCUCUACCUCCAAGCUUUCGAGACCGCUGCUCUCUCUUCUUCAAACGCUUUCUAUCUCCUCAAGGGAAUUGAAGGGUGCUAUCUGUUUUGGAAAUAUACUCCCAGCUAAAAUGUUUUUCGAAGGAUACGGAUAUCAUGGAACAUCAUUUGAGCAGACAUACCGUUGUUAUCCAGCAUCUUUUAUUGAUAAGCCGCAAAUUGAAAGUGGCGAUAAAAUCAUAAUGCCUCCCUCAGCUCUUGAUCGUCUUGCAUCUCUUCACAUUGACUAUCCAAUGUUGUUCGAGCUAUGCAAUUCUGCCACCGAGCGAGUCUCACACUGUGGUGUUUUGGAGUUCAUUGCUGAAGAAGGCAUGAUCUACAUGCCAUAUUGGAUGAUGGAAAAUAUGCUUUUACAAGAGGGAGACACUGUGCGUGUGAAAAAUGUGACUCUUCCAAAAGGCACAUAUGUGAAACUGCAGCCUCACACAAUGGAUUUCUUAGAUAUUUCCAACCCCAAAGCCAUCUUGGAGACAACAUUAAGGAACUUCUCCUGCUUAACCACUGGGGAUAGUAUAAUGGUAGCCUAUAACAAUAAGAAGUACUACAUAGAUAUUGUAGAAACAAAGCCUUCCAAUGCAAUAAGCAUUAUUGAGACUGACUGUGAGGUAGACUUUGCACCUCCCCUUGAUUACAAGGAACCUGCAAGACCUGCCCCUUCUGUUCCUACAAGCAAGGCACCAGCUCAAGUUCAAGAGGCUCCUGCUGUGGUGGAACCAGAAUUUAGCCCAUUUUCUGGUGUUGGAAGACGCUUGGAUGGGAAACCGUUGAAGUAUCAAGCCUCACCGGUUUCUACAUCUGGACCCAAAGACAAGCAUACAAGUGGUGGUGGGCAAAGUUCAGCAGGGUCCACUUCACAAAGCACUUCUCGUCAGCCUCAGGGAAAGCUUGUAUUUGGUUCAAACCACGCUCAUAAAGAUGCACAGAAGGUGCAGCAACCUCCCAAGCAAGAGCAGCCCCAGAAGAAAGAAGAGCCAAAGUUCCAGGCCUUUACAGGGAAAAAGUACUCGUUAAGGGGAUGAAUACGAAAUGCUGGCUUUGUUCAUACUCCUGUUUCUCUUUUGUACUUGUGAAUUAGGAAUUGUCUGGCAUUGAAUUAUUGUCAUUAAAAUAUGAUUAUCAGAUCGC